AAAGAAAUUAAAUAUUAUCUUUAUUUUCUCAAUUUCAGAAUAGAGAGAGAGAGAGAGAGAAAGAGAGAGAGAGAGAGAGAUAAAGAAAAGAGUUAAUUAUAUACUUGUUGGGAAAAUUAAUUAGAGGCCAUGGUGGGGCCGUACCCUUCUCUCCCCAGGGAAGUGGCGGCCACUGUCCCCCGCCGCGCCCCCCUCAGGCACUCCUGGGUGAGAGAGGACCCCCUUAGUCACCCCAGUCACCCCAGUCACCCCGCGCCCCUGAAAGUUGAGGUUUCUCCCUACUCCCCAGCACCCCAGGAUACCCCCAGCACCCCAGGUCAUGUGUCCCGUGCUCGCGCCCUCUUUGAGUCACCCCAAGAUAUGCACCCCAGUUCACCCCGCCGCAAGGACACCCCGGGAUAUAUGAAAGACACCCCUAAAAUGAGUUUAAACACCACAGAAGACGAGGCUGUCACCCCAGUCACCCCAAAAAACACCUUUGUCACCCCUUUCACCCCAGACACAGCCACGAAGAUUACAUUACGCGUUCACCCCUACAUCUACACUCACCCCGCCCCAUCCAGACGCUACACCCAAGGCCCACCGCUUGUGGAUGAGUUUGGGGAGCUUAUUACCACCCCAGUUACUCCCCAGAGGCUUAUGACCGUUAAAAAAGUCACCCCAAUUAUCAUACCACGUAUUACCCCCGUCCGAACUUCACCCCAGCCGGUCUCACACCAAGAAACACCCCAACUUGCUUCUCCCCAGUGUACACAUGCACCCCAGCACUGUACACCCCCGCGCGCUCAGACUACGGGUACCUGGGACGUGGGGGGUGACUGGGGGAGAGGGAGGGGUGAUGAGGUGGGGAGAACCGCGCGGACUCAGCAGACGAACAGCACCAGUGUACCAAAGACUGUGUACCGGGCCACACCGCCGCCCCGUCACCCCCAUGCUCUCCCCAUUGCAAUGUUAGAGUCUCCCCCUACCUCUCACCCCCCUUUCACCCUCACCCCUACGCCAGUUUCUCUCAAAUUCCCUUAGAUUUACUUGAGUGUUUAGAAGAGAGCUCCGUUGACCCCCCCACACCCCCGGACGGCGUUGGGGGGGUGGGUACUGGACCAGGGGUGACUGCAAAGAUUAAGGAGGCCCCAGCAUCUCCCCCUGUCACUGUCACCCCGCCCUGUGUCACCCCUACGAGUCUUAAAUGCGAAGCAUCACCUCCCACGCCCACGCCCACACCAGAGUCCACCCCACCCCCCGAACACCCCCAGCCGCCCCAGCACCCCCCAUCCACCCCCUCCCCACAGCCCUCCCCGCCUGCUACGCUCAUACGAGAGAACUUCAGGGGUUUUUGCAGUGAUAUGUUAAAAAAUACUGAAAAUGAUCACUCUCACGCCUCCCACGCCUCGUACGCCCACGCCCGCAGCCUGGACGAGGAGCUGUGGGCUGCAGGGGUGUACUUCCGCCGCCCUGGUUCCCCCCCACGCCCUGUAACUAGUGAAAGAAGGCAGUUAGGAAGAAAGGUUACCAGUAGUUUAAGAAGUGAUGUUAUUGUUGAAUGUGCUUUAGAAGAAAGUGUUUUAAGGGAGUUAGAUUCCUCACUAGCAGGCUUAGGGGUUAGUAGCAGCAGCAGCAGUGGUAGCAGUAGCAGCAGCAGUGGCAGUAGCAGCAGUACCCCGUGCCCCAUGAACCCAGAGCCUCUUAAUUUGAUAGAAGAGGUAUUGGUUAAAAAAGAAAGUUUGUCAUCAUUUUCACCCCCUCCUUCACCGCCUCCUCCUGCCUCCCCCUCGCCUCCCCCGCCGCCCCCACCUUCUACAGUGACUCUUAAGGCCUUCUACCAGUACCCCAGCCCCCCACCCCCACCAGCACCCCUCCUGGACAGCGACAGUGGGCAUGAAAGUGGAGCAACCAGCCCAUGUGGGACAUUAACUGGCGAGGACGUGAACCACACACCCCCUGCCUCACCUUACGGCGCCCACAGCCCACACCAGGACAUGGGCGUGGGCGUGGCUGUGGUGGGGGAAGACUCAAGGGGUGUGGGCGUCGGGGGCGUGUCACUAGAGCCACGCCCACCCUCGCAUUUCGUCGUGGUGGCUAUUGACUUUGGGACAACUUUCAGCGGUUAUGCCUUCAGCUUUACCAAUGACCCGGAGAGUGUGCACAUGAUGAAGCAGUGGCAAGGUGGUGACCCCGGGGUGCAGAACCAGAAGACGCCCACGACGCUGCUGGUGACCCCCGAGGGCGCCUUCCACUCCCUCGGCUACCAGGCCCGGGACACCUAUCAUGACCUUGACCCGCAGGAUGCCGCCACCUGGAUGUACUUUGACCGCUUCAAGAUGGUGCUGCACGCCGACCAGACGCUGAGCAGAGACACAUUGAUAGAAGCAACGAACGGGCGCCGCCUCCCCGCCCUUCAGGUAUUCAGCUACGCCCUCAGGUACUUCAGAGACCACGCCCUUAGGGAAUUGAGUGACCAGGCGGGCGUGUGCGGGGGCGUGGGCGUGCUGGAGGAGGACGUCCGGUGGGUGAUCACUGUACCGGCCAUCUGGAGUCACCCCGCCAAGCAGUUCAUGAGGAGCGCUGCUUAUCAGGCUGGAAUGGCGUCCCCAACUCGGCCAGACCAGCUUCUUAUUGCCCUGGAACCAGAAGUAGCAGCAAUUUACUGUAGAAGGCUCAAAAGACACCAGUUACUGCCCGCCUCCUCCUCUUCCGCCGCCUCUUCCACCCGCUCCCUCCCGCCCCACCUACAGGAUGAACCCGCCCCUCCGCCGUCCCCUGACUUGGAUAGAGCAGAGGUGGUCUCCCUGCCCUACCGCAGCCUGGAGACGGUCGCUGAUUGGUUGGCGGAAGACACUGUGUACGCUGUGGUGGACUGGGGGGGUACAGUGGACAUCACCGUUCACCAGAUGACUGACAGAGUGUCUGGGCAUUUAAAGGAGCUGCACAAGGCCACAGGAGGUCCCCACGGGUCAACUGGCGUGGAUGCAGAAUUUGAGAAGCUGUUGGAGAAAAUAUUUACUCCUGAAUUCCUGGAGACCUUCAAGAGACAAAGACCAGCAGCCCACGUGGAUUUAAUGAUCGCUUUUGAGGCGCGGAAGAGGAACGCCUCGCCACGCCGCGCCACGCCUCUCAAUAUAGCUCUCCCCUUCUCCUUCAUCGACCUCUACAGGAAGAUUAAGGGCAGAGAUGUCGAGUCAGUAGUAAGGAAGCAUCAACACCUGGGAGUGCGUUGGUCUUCCCAGGGCAUGUUAAGACUGGAACCAGAGACGAUGAAGCAGCUGUUUAUACCCACCUUGACCAGUAUUACCAAGGCCAUUGAGGAGGUACUGUUGAGCCCUGACGUCCAGCGCCUGCAGUACAUGUUCCUGGUUGGCGGGUUUGCUGAGAGCGAGCUGCUGCAGACACACAUCAGGAACACCUUCUCCUCUAGAGUCAGGGUCGUCAUUCCGCAGGGCACCAGCUUGGCAAUAUUACGGGGAGCAGUCCAGUUCGGCCUUGACCCUGGCAUCGUGACUGUUCGGAGGUCACGUCUGACUUACGGCGUGGGGGUCCUCAACAAAUAUGACCCCUUGACCCACCCGGAGGAGAAGAGGGUCACGUCGGGGGGCGGUGAGUGGUGUGCGGACAUCUUGGACCGGUUCGUGGUGGUGGACCAGAGCGUGGCGGUGGGGGAUGUGGUGGUGAGAUCCUACACUCCUGCCACACACGCUCAGAGGACAGUCAUCCUACACCUGUAUGCCACGGACAGACAUGAUGCGCAGUUCGUCACAGAAGAAGGUGUCGAGAGAGUAGGCACCCUGCACCUUGACCUGGGCCCCCCUUGCUACCCCCACCCCCCACAAGGCACAGGAGAACCGAGGAGAGAGAUUUCUGUCAACAUGAAGUUUGGAGAGACAGAAGUGAAGGCGACAGCUGUUGACCACCAAACGAGGCGCUGUGUGAAGGCAGACAUUGACUUCCUGACGCUGUGAGGGGCUGUGAGGGUGGUGGGGGGUGAGGGGGGU